AUGCAGGGCUUCAACAUGGGACGCUACGUCCCCCCAGACCAAGAAGGUCUAAUGAGCGGCAACCAACUCGCCAAAAAGCACCCCCUCGGUUCACGCGCCCGCCACCUUCACACGACCGGCGCCCUGACCGUGCGCUUCGAGAUGCCCUUCGCCGUCUGGUGCACGACAUGUAAACCUCACGAGACGAUUAUCGGUCAAGGGGUGCGCUUUAAUGCCGAGAAAAAGAAGAUUGGGAACUACCACUCGACGCCGAUUUACAGUUUCCGGAUGCGACACCCCGCGUGCGGAGGGUGGAUUGAGAUUCGGACGGAUCCGAAGAAUACGGCGUAUGUUGUUGCGGAGGGGGGCAGGAAGAGAGAUACUGGGGAGGAUAGGAGGGAAGGUGGAGUUGGGGAGAUUGUGGUGAAGUUGCCUGGGGAGAAGGAGGAGGUUGUUGAUCCGUUUGCGCGGUUAGAGGGGAAGGUCGAGGAUAAGAAGGUGGUUGAUGAGGGACGGACGAGGAUUUUGGAGUUGCAGGAGCGUCAGGCGAGGGAUUGGGUUGAUCCGUAUGAGAUGUCGAGGCGGUUGAGGAAGACAUUUCGAGCGGAGAGGAAGGUUUUGGAAAAUGCCGAGGCGAAAAGGGAGGCGUUAAAGGAUAAGAUGAGCUUGGGGAUUGAGAUUGUUGAUGAGACAGAAGAGGAUCAGUUACGGGCUGGCUUGGUCGACUUUGGUACUGGGGGUGAUACUACUGCUGCGCGCACCCGGCCGAUGUUUGAAUCUAGGGGUGUUUCAACGGAGAAGAAACUCGCUGGCCAAUCAACUGCGAAGACCAAGGAUGGGAAACGGAAGAAGGCGGCGGACCUCGUUGCAGAACGCAAAGCGAUGUUUCGCAGCGAGUUAACGGGGAAUACGCGCGCCGUCGUUGAUCCCUUUUUAAAUCAUGAAGGAAACCCAUGGCAGCCGGAGGUUAAACGGCGCAAAACCGCACCAAACAAGGCGGACACGAACAAGACCGACAGCCAAAAUACAAGCCGCGCGGCUAGUGAGGAUCGAGCAUCCUCUACAUUGAAAGAGCAUUCAAUUAAAGUGACUGAAACCGCCAGCAAGACACCAGAACCGCCGACUGCGUUGGUGGCUUAUGCUUCAGAUUCAGAGUAG